AUGAGAUGCAAGGCCAAGCAGCUUGAAGCCAUGGAGGCAGAUCUGCAAAGACGAGACACUUUCUACAGAGACCAAGUGGCCCGGCUUGAAGAAAGGAGCGCUCAGUUCUACAAGGUCACCACUGAAAACUAUCACAAAGCAGCGGAUGAAGUGAAUGCCAAGUACAAGCGGUUCGAAGCGUCCCCCGUGUGUGCCGACCUGCAGGGCCAGAUCCUCGCCUGCUACCGGGAAAAUACCGGAAAAACCCUGAACUGCUCCAACAUCUCGGCCCUCUACCUGCAGUGUGUCAACAAAGCCAAGAUGGACAAGCUGAAGACUUGA